AUGGCGAAUCUUGAGAUUCAUAGGUUCUCUCCCGCUCGAAUUCUUAUUCUUGAUGCGCAGGAGCGACUACUCGCUAAGGAUUCGCGGCGUUUUGUUCUCUUUCCCAUUCGGUACAUUAAGAUUUGGAAAGCAUACUUGCAUGCUGUGACGACGUUAUGGGAAGCACGUUGUGCUGGUUUAUCACGUGACUCUAAGGAUUGGACUGAGUGUCUGUCAUUCCAACAACGAUGCGGUGGCAUCUUCUUUUUCAAACUUUCUAUUGCUUCUCAUGGGAUACAUAAGCGACUAUUGGAUAUAAUCUCCAAAGAAAUUACAGUCCCAGAAGCACAUUGCUAUUUCAGUUUCCAGUCGGUCAAUGAAAACGUCCACCAGGAGGCGAUGGCCAAGAUUACGCACGGUCUCACAGGAAUUCGAAUGGACGAUUGCGUCGAUGAAUGGGAACUCUUGCGUCCAAAGGAAAAAUUUAUGAAUAUUUGGACGAGAUCUUCCGUGUAUCCUUUCUCUGAGAGGUUGCUCGUUUUUAUAUUCAUUCAAGGAAUAUUUGGUAUUUCUCUGUCCCGGCUUCUACAAUGGUUUUCUGGCAAAGAUUACCUCCCAACUAUGGUAUCUACUUACACCCGGAUCUUCAAUGACAGGGAAUGUCAUGUAGACUUUGUCUCGCUGCUUUUUUAUCAUUUGAAAAGGCGUCCGUUAACCAGUUUUGUCAACGAAUUCGUCGGGACCAUUGUUAAAAUCGAAAAAAAAUUCGGCAGUGAUUUGCUGGACCUUUCCGAGAUAGACAUUCCAUUAGACGACCUGAAUCGGUACGUGGAAUGCAAAGCAGACGCCCUUCUGGUGUCUCUUGGGUACAAGCAAUUGUACGGUACAUGUAACAAAGGGAUCGAUGAUCUUAUCCCUAUCGUCCCUGGGGAACUGAAAGCUGGUUUUUUUCUCGAGGAGAUGGCGCUGGCGUAUAUCCCCCCAACUAUGGAAGACGCUAUUUUAGACGGACAGUUCGGUAAUCAUCUCCUUGACCUUUCUUGA